UCCUAAUGGGAAUGUUCACUUACAUUUGCGAUUCCGUUACUUUCACCGCCCUUUACCGCUACAUACUGGCGGUAGUACAAUCCGGGGGGCAGCGAAAGUCAACGGUCCAUUCGAAAAAAAAGAAAACGAAAAAACCAAAAAAACGAAAGACAGGACGAAAGCCGGCCAGCGAGUCAGCCUCGAGAUACUCUCGAGAUAGCGGGUGUGUGGUCGUCGUCAGCAGCAGCAGCAGCAGCAGUUGUUGACCCUUUUUGGUAAAAAAAUCCCUUGUAGUGUCGAAGGUGAAGAUGGUGUCUACGGUGUGUGCUGUAUGUAGCGCUCCAGCCAGCCAGCAGUGUGCGGGAUGCCAGCAGACGGUGUACUGUGGCCGCGACCACCAGCGGCAACACUGGAAGGCUACGCACCGUCGCGAGUGCCACUGCUACCGGGUCGUUGAAAAUGCUUCCCUCGGGCGGUACGUGAUAGCCACCAGAAAGAUCCGCCAGGGAGAGAUCAUCUUUCGCGAUGUACCAGCCGUAGUUGGUCCAAAGAUGGCGAGUGUACCGGUCUGUUUGGGCUGUAACCGGGACCUGAUGGCCACCUGCAGGUCCGAUGAGCGCUUCCACGAGUGUUCCCGCUGUGGAUGGCCAGUUUGUGGUGCGGAGUGUGAAGGGGCGGAGCAACAUCGCACGGAAUGUAGCAUCCUGGCGGGUAGCAGCUACCGGCCAAAGAUCCGCCCAGCCCGGGAUGAGCCAACGAAACGGGAAUCGGCGUACUGUGCUAUUGUACCGCUGCGUGUACUGCUACUGCAGUCCCAUGCCCCCGAUACGUACGCCCAGCUGCAGCGCCUUGAGUCGCACGUCGAGGAGCGCCUAAAGUCGCCACUGUACGAGGUAGUCCGUUCGAACCUGGUACCGUUCGUACGGACGGUGCUGGGAUUGCAGCAGUACAGCGCGGAAACUAUCCUGCAGGUGUGCGCUAUACUCGACACGAACUGCUUCGAGAUCCGGCUGCCGGAGCGGUGGACGAAGGUAAGGGCAUUGUAUCCGCUGGGGGCGAUGCUAUCGCACGACUGUCGACCCAACACGAAGCACUACUUCGAUGACACGUUGCGCAUGGUAUUGGUGGCCACCGUUGACAUUGAGCGGGGCGGUACCAUCAGCGCCUCGUACACGCAACCCUUGCUCGGUACGCUACACCGGCGGCUUGCCCUGAAGCAAUCCAAACACUUUGAGUGCCAGUGCGAACGGUGUACCGAUCCGACCGAGCUGGGGACCAGUCUCAGUGGUUUCCGGUGUCCAAAGUGUCGCAAGGGUAUCGUGCUGCCGGCUCAACCGUGCAACCCGCAGUCGGUGUGGCGUUGCCGGCAGCGAAACUGUGCAUUCAGUGAGACGGCCACAGUGUACGCCGCACGGUGUACCGAGACGCAGCAGCAACUGCUGAACCUGAACCGUGCGGAACCGGGUGAAUAUGAAGCAUUCAUCCGGCAACACCAGACUAGCGCGCACGGGUGGAAUGCGUUCGUGCUGCAGGCCAAGUACGCGCUGAUCCAGCUUUUGGACCACCGGACAACUGUGGAGAGCGUGGAACAGUCUGAGGUGAGCCUACGUCGUACGGUCGAGCUGUGCCAUGAUCUGCUGGCUGUUGCCGAUCACUUAGAACCGGGCCUCGGUUUCUUCCGUGUCAAACUGCUGGUUACGCUGGAGAAAGCGCUCGCUACACUGCAACACAGGUGCCCGAAGCCGUCAUCGAAGGAAGGGGCGGAAUGGAGCUCACUAAAGGAAGAACUUAAUCGUAUAUCGCGGCUCGACCCUUCGAUGAGCUCGCAAAUUAUUGAUAAAAAAUGAAAGCGCACCCCUCUGCUCUGCUGCCAACCAAGUGAAGGAUCAUUUUUCAAGAAUGUGUUGUCUGUUUUAUCAAUCGAUCAUGUGGGUGUGUAGUGGUGGGAUCACUGAUAAAACAGACACACCACUUGCACCAACAAAAUCACAAUUUGUAGAUAUUUUUGCAAAAAAUUUGCAGCAACGUCUGCUUUGCGCUGUUCGAAAUAAUAGCAGUGGUGAGCGUUGCUAAGCUGUUUUCAUUGUUAUUUUGUGUUUAACAAAAAUCUUUGCAUGUCUUGUUUUUCCAUCAAUCGGUUAAUAGGUAAAAAAAACAAAAAACUGAUCGAAAUGCAAGACUUUUUUAUUUUUAUAGCAGUAAAAUGGGACGCAGUAUAAAUUAUUCGGUAGAGAUUCGGAAUUUAAUUUAAAAAAAAAUUGAAAAUAAGAAAACGUACGCGAAAAAUAAGAAAACGUAAGAACGCGUACGUACCAGCAGAUUCAAGAAUUACUGGGGUGCUCUACCAAAAUGAUCAGCAAUGAUUUGAAGUGGAAAGCGGAGGCAGAAACUAGUGGCCAGAAACGAUGCACAUCCCAGAAAACUAACCAAAACAUAGGCAACAUAUCGCGGAGCAUUUAGGGAUGCAUUGGACUUGUCUGUGAGGCCAGUAAAGAUAAGACGGCGAUUAAUGGAGACUAAUUUGUACGCACCAAGACCCCGUAAGGUACCAUUAUGCCAUGUUACAAACCGUCUUAAGUUUUCAAAAAUCCAUAUCAACUGGUACAAGAAAAUAUGCCAUUAAAAUUAUUAUCUCAACAGGAGAAUGAUCCUAAACGUACAACGCGUAAAAUCGUGGUUUCAGCCGAAGAACAUCGAGGUUAUGGAGUGGGCAGUGCAGUCUUCUGAUCACAACCCCGUUGAGAAACUAUGGCUAGACGACAAAUGUGCUGUUUCGGUAGUAAAGCCGAAGAAUGAGGAAGAGUUUUAGUCGGUAAUUCGUAAAUCGCGGGCUGCAAUCCCUGUCUCUCGAUGUCAAAGACUUGCGAGCUGUAUGCCUAAGCGAUGCGCCUGUGUAAUCAAGUAUAACGGCUAUACUGCAAAAUAUUGAAGUGUGCAAAACAAUACCAGUACAACUGAACCUUUUUUUUCCUUUUCAAAUUAAUCAAGUUAUUUUAAAAUUGCCCUGAGUAAUGGGAUGAUUUUUAAAAGUAAAACAUGCAUUCUUGUUUCAAGUUUUGUCCCUUUUUAUUUAGACAAAAAAACAAAUUGGAAUAGUUGCAUGAAAUAUCAUUGUAACUUUUUGCCUUUGAACCACCGACUGCUAUUAUUUUACCACACAACUGCAUUUGCGUAUUCGGAUAUUAUCUUGCUAGUUGGAACAAACACAUUGGAGCGCAAUAAUC